UUUUCCUGGGCAACGAUAGGCAAGAUGAUUUAUAAACAAAAAAUGAGCUUACAAAAUGCCAAUUAUUGUAUUGAAUUUUGAGAUAAAAGUUAAUACAUUUACAACUAAACUGUAGUGCGCAAUUUAUAAAGUUAGAAACAAAGUAAAUAAUUCAUACGACGACCAUGGCUUCAAUGCGGGAUCAAAAAAUCGAACAGCAACGGCAAAUGAUGGAACAGAAGAUGAAGCAGAAACGCCAGAAUUCUGGAUUGGUUCAGGCAAACGACCUCAGGGUAGGGUCUGCAAAACGUCCAAUAUCAGGCAGCCGUUCCCGGGAGCUCCAUGGCUAUGAUGGUCCGAUGCAAUUUCUUAUGUCGCCAGUCAAUCCGGACCAAGUAAUACCUCUUCAAACGAAUAGAAUAUCUACUUUUGAUGAACUAGGCAAUCAGAUCGAAGUUCUGACCGUGGGUGAAGGGGACGGUAGCGGCGAGGAAGAUGAGGAGAGUGUCCCGGUGUGCAGCGUAGGCAGGGACGCUAGUACCGACGACGUGUGCGCCGACGCAGCUGUCGCGCCGCUACACGAUAAACCACGGAGGGAUAGCUCACCCACACAGGUUUACCAGAAGUGGUGUAAAACCAAAACACAGAAAGAUAAAGUGCGGGAGCCAAAGUUUGUCACAAAGGCUCCAGAAAUUGAGGGUUCAGUGGAAGGUGCAGUGGAACAGUUUGUUGUGACCCCAGCUAAACACGGCACGCUAUACAAAUGUCGCAUCGCCAGAGAUCGGAAGGGCAUGGACAGAGGCCUCUACCCUACUUACUUCUUACACCUCGAAAAGGACUACGGGAAGAAAGUGUUUUUGCUUGCAGCCCGAAAGCGCAAGAAAUCAGCCACAUCGAACUACCUGAUAUCAACGGACCCCACUGAGCUGACUCGCACGGCCGACAGCUUCGCCGGGAAACUGCGGUCCAACCUCCUCGGGACCGCGUUCACGGUGUAUGACAACGGCAAGGCGUGGCGGAAACAUGACCACGCUCACACCAGGCACGAAUUGGCAGCUGUUGUUUAUGAUACAAACGUCCUCGGCUUCAAAGGUCCAAGAAAGAUGACAGUCAUUCUUCCAGGAAUGACGCCAGACCGCCAACGCGUCACCAUAGCACCGCAGGAUGACAGCGAGACCCUUCUAGAAAGACUUAAGAGUCAGACCCUGGAUGACAUAGUAGUUCUACACAACAAAACGCCAGUUUGGAACGAUGAGACCCAAUCCUACGUGCUAAACUUCCACGGCAGAGUGACUCAGGCAAGUGUGAAAAAUUUCCAAAUUGUCCACGAUUCAGAACCGGACUAUGUCGUUAUGCAAUUCGGACGGAUAUCCGAAGAUAUCUUCACUAUGGAUUUCCGAUACCCGCUGUGUGCUUUACAGGCGUUCGGUAUUGCCCUCAGCUCUUUCGACAGCAAACUGGCUUGUGAAUGAAUGCAACUAUGUUUUUCUAGAGCAUUCCACCGAGGCAUUUAUUUACUUAAUUUUUUCCAGUAAUCACUUCAGUAAUAGUCAACUUAAAUAAUCUACUAAAAACUCUAAUACCACAUCUUUUGACUCAUAUAAAUUAUUUUUUCUUGACGCACGCAAAAAUCUACUUUAACGUUAAAGGAAUAGAAUUGAAUGUUGUAUAAUGACGUUGACGUCGCAUGUGAAUGUAUCAUCGCAUAUUAUAGUAGUAAGUAUGUGUGUAGCCCCAUGAUGCACAGAAUGUGUUGAUCAAAAUCAAAACAAGCGCACAUGAUUUAUUUUUUGGUGCUUUUGUGACAUAGGUUGUGUUUGCCCGUGUUUUAACUUUCAUCGACUGUUUGAACGAACAUCCGUAGUCUUAGUUCACCAUUACCAUUGUAUAUGUUUAAAAUAUAUGACCCUAUAAGAAAAGCUAUCGACGUUGGCUCACUUUAAAAAAGAUCUCGAAUAUUCUGUGAGCCUACUCAAAUUUUAUUAGCAACAAAAUUCAGUUAGACAUUUUUGCUUUGUCAUUAAAAUAAGGCGCUUGUUGUAAUAAAUCUUGCCCAGUCUUGCUCAAAGUGGUAUAAUAAACAUCGGUCAUAAUUUUAAGCAUAAAUUUAAGUGUCAUUUUAUUGUGGUCCAAGGUUUGAACCAAGGAAUAGACACAUAUACUUUCAUAUCUCAUCACUUUUCAAGUAGUAAACUAUGCAAUGAAGGAAUUUAUUUUAUAUUGUCUACUCUUUAAACUAAACUACAGGUAUUUAUGCGUUACUUUUCGCUUUAAUAACAAAAUAAAUUAAUGUAAUAUCAAUUAUAGUAAUGUAUGUAAAUAUAUUCGUGUAUUAUCUCUGGGUAGUCAUAAGGGCCUGUGUAGACAGUCAAAGAGCUUGUAGUAGUUAUAACAGCAAGUUUACUGUUCAAAAAGUUUAUAUUGGCCCUUUAAAAUGUAUGUUUAUAAGUGAUUUAUAUGACAUCGUCAAUAAAACAUAAUUGAGUUUCUUGGGAACCAAAGAAACUACAUUUAAUGUUAUUAAACACGAUGUCAGUUCUAUAAUUACAAUUUUAAAAAUUUCUAACCAUGAGACAAAAAUGACAAGCAGCUUUUUCCUUGUCUAAUAUUUUACAACAGACAACGAAUGGUUUUUAUUUGUGACACUCGAUAGGGUUUGCUUCGUUUGCUAGAAAUUAAAUAAAGAAAAUCAUAAUUUUCUUUAUUUUGUUUAUAAAAGACUCCUGCACAUCAAGCCACCCUUAGCCUAAAUAGAUUUCAACUUUAUCUUAAAAUGUAAAGGUUGAGAAUCUAUUAAUUAAAUCUGACUAAUUGGGGUAUUUACACUUGGGUGCAAAGAAAUGAAGCCACUAGCAGUUUUAUUUUUUAUUAAAAAAACAUCUGGAAUACGCAGUUGUAUGAGUUUUUAUACAAGACAAACUCAAAUCCGUUGCGUGCGAUGCGGGCCUGUGGACGCUUUCCUUAAGUAAAUACUUGUAUCAGAAAAGAGUUAUCAAGAAAUUAAUAAGAAAAUACGCUACUGGCUCCAUUGCUUUGCUCCCAAGUGUACUAGCGGGUGUCUACAAUUUGUACAAUGAAAAUAAUAAAUGAAUUUAUGUAUAAUUUCGAACGGGAAAGUUAACGCUUAUUUGGUAGUUUGUUGUUUCAUAAACCAGUACCCUUAGUACGAAUUAAACCAAUUAGAGCGCCGAACGCGGUCUCGUUUCGAUCUCGUUCAACGCAAAACAAAUUCGUACUAAGCGUACUAUUAUUUAAUUCGUUAUGCGAUGAAUAAUGUUCCUUCAAUAUUACGCACAAGUUUGCUUACUGUACACAAAAACAAAUCUUACGUAAUCUAGGUAUUUGUUAUUACCUAAGCACUUAGUCAUUUCUAUUACAUAUUCUAUCUGAAUAAUUUACAAAGCAUUAUGAAUAUGAUAAUUGAAGCUCAUUUUGAACUGAGAGUGGACUUUUGAGAGGCAUUUCGAGCUUAGGAUUUUCUCUCUGCGUUUAUUAACAUACAAUUCCACAUACAUAUGACACCUAGACUCGAAACAGCGGAUCGCCCAGAGUUGCUCCGUGCGCGAAUCGAACCCGCUACACGUUACGCGACAGCCGGUCUGUCAAUACUUAAAUACAGGACCCUUAGUACGAGUUUGCUUUACGUUGAACGAAAACGAAACGAGAGCUCGUUUGGCGCUCUGAUUGGCCGGCACGAAUGAUCCAACCAAUCAGAGUGUCGAACGCGCUGUCGUUAAACGUAAAACCAACUCGUACUAAGGCCUCUGUGCUUAUAUACUAAUACUUAGUUACAAUGUAUCCUGUCUUUGAAAUGCCUUUUGAAAGUUCAUUCUCUACUCCCCAAAUGACUUAAAGUACCUUCUCAAGCAGUCUGUUGCCAUAAUAUUUGUAACUUAUUUACAAUACUAUGUACAAACUAUUUUUAAGUGUCACAUAGCGUUAGUUUUGUAUCCUAGUCAACUUAGGUUUUAGUUUUAUUUAGUACUAAUAUUCUAAUUCGUAUGCACAAAUCAAUGUUUAAGGUUUUCCUAGUGUUAGAUAAAUUAUUUUGUGGCUACAUUUCUUAUAAAUUAUGUAUUUUUAUCGUUAUUAUGAAAUGGUAAUUAUGUUUAACUAUUAUUAGCAGCAUACAAUACAGUACCCUUAGUACGAGUUUGCUUUACGUUUAACGAGAGUGCGUUCGGCGGUCUGAUUGGUCGGCUCGAAUGAACCAACCAAUCAGAGCGCCGAACGUGCUCUCGUUUCCAUCUAAACGUAAAACAAACUCGUACUAAGCUCUCUGACCCAACGUAAGUUAUGUUAUGACUGAUUUAUUUGUGUUCAAAGUUCUUUGAACAGAAUACCAGUUCUUUUCUAUUAUAAUUAUUUUAAAUAUUCUAUAAUUAUUUAUAUGUUAGCCAACUAUACCGCACCAGUAUUAUUUUACAAUAAUUUGUAGUCCUGACAAUAAUAUUGAAGUACAUUGUAUUUGUACCCACUGCCUUCUCCCUGAACAAAAUUAUUUCACAAAUUGUCUAAAAGAAAUUACUAUUAGAAUAAAUAAAUGUGCCUAUAAUUAGGUUACGUGUUUAGAUAGCUAAAUGGGAAAGAUAAAAAAUGAAAUUGUAAAUUAAAUAAAUGAUGAAAUGUCAACGCGUCUAUGUAAUAAUGUCAUGAGCUUGUAGUAGUGAUCGUGUUUGUACUAACUGUUGUUCUAAACUCACUUCACCUCAUUGUAUUGUGUAUCUAACUUUAGUUAAAAUUCUAUGCACAAUAAUUCCUUCAAUCUCUUCCUUGCACGGAGACUUAUAAAUUAUCUCUUAUAUAACCACUCUAAAGGCAACUAAUGAUACUAAAGUUUCUCUUCCCAAUGUAAUAAAUUAACUAAAAUUCUCGUAUAUUUCUCCAUUACACUGUUUCACUAGUUUCGAGUCACAGAGAGACUCUUCAUCAUGAGCAGCGUGCACUAGGCUGUGCCACUGUGCCAUGAUAAAGAAUCCCUAAUAUACGUGAGUAAAUCGUGGUUUUUAGUUAAUCACAAUUAAUGAUAUCAUUAGACACUUAAGUCUUGGAGUGGUUUAUAAAAAAAAUAUAAAUAACAAAAUUGUAACUGUAAUGUUUCGAAAAUUGCCCCAUAAAGAUGAUGUUUACAUAAAAACUUUUCAGGCAAGAAUUUGUAUUGAAUUUAACACUGCCAGGAUGAGACUAUAACUUUGGGGCUCAAUUAAGGAAAGGAGAAAGUGAAGGAUUGUAUUAGCCUAGAGAGGAACUGUAAAUAUAGUAUGGAAACGCGACGCAACUCGAUUGGUCAAUUUUUAAUAUGGAUUUAAUGUGAUUGGCAGAAUUAUGACCUCCCUUUGUUAACAACUAAUGGGUGUUUGGUUGUAAAGCGUGGCGUUUCAAUACUGUAUCAGUACCUCUACCAUGAGUUUGAAGCAAUAGUAUUUGUCGAUAGUCAUGUCAAAUUUUACAACGCCUCUACCGGUCACCGGUGGAACUAAAAUUUGCCAUACAAAAAUUUACGUCGUCGCUAGCGUCUAUCGACAAAUACUAUUGCUUCAAACUCAUGGUAGAGGUACAGAUGUUAGAUAGUUUUGAUAAUCGUGUCAUUCUGUCGUUACUGAAGACUUGGUAAGCGGCAAUAUAACAACUGAUUUGUAAACCUAGGAAUUGGAUAGCAUAGCACCCAUUGUGCUAGCAUACUGACUAACUACCUACAAAUGUAAGGAAAGAGUUUGGCAGCAAUUAAUGAUAAAUAAUCAUAAUAUAUUUGUUUAGUUAGGCAUUUUACACAUAAUAAAAUAAUGUGACAAUUUCAUUUUGGUAGAAUUGUAAAUAUUAAUGUAUGAAUUUUGGUGUAUUGUGCCUUUGGUAACGAUAGGUUAAAUGUUUGUGCCUUUUAUUUUCAUGUUUACUAUGUAUUUUGUACCUGAGGCUUUUCGUAGGCACAGAACUACCCCCCUUUACUAGAUGACGAAUCGCUUUUUACACCUUGAAAUGUUUAGAUUACUUAUUAAGGCAACUUUUACAAGCAAAGCUGUCUCUUAGUCCCUAGAAUAGACCUAGUAGUGAAUGAAUGUUCAACAUAAUUGAAUUUGUGUAAAAUAAAAUUUAAAUCUUAGUCUUUUUGUAAAAAUUCAUGAGAAUGUCCAUUUACUUAAAAACUUGUGAAUUAAAAUUUUGCUCAUAGUUAUUGUGCAGUGUGUAUAGUUAAAUGUUCCGGAAAUAUUUAAAUAAAUGCUUAUAUUGUUUAUAUCCUCGAUCCCCGUAGAAUGAAAUCGUUAAUUAUUUUGUCCCUGUAGUAAACCAAAUACGAAUGAUGACGGGGAAUGAAAAUUAAAAAUCUAUUUAGUUCGUCAGUUAGGUAAUAAAAAAUAUUAGACACGUAUUUUUUUAUUUCGUCAUAUAAGAUAACAAUACUCAGAUGAAAAAAAAUAAGUUCAGGAGUGGGAUCAAACACGUCAUUUCUACGGAUAAAACGUAUCUAGAAGGGAUGUCACGCGAUAUUUCAAAUGAAUAUAUCUUCGAAAGUAUUUUUUCCGUAAGAAAAUAAAAAAUACAUGUCUAAUAUUUUAAAAUAAUCUACAAGACGGACAUUAAAAUAAAAAUGAGUCAUCUACCCUAUUGUAUAGACCAAUUAUUUGUAUUUUAUUUUGUUCAUAGAAUUGACCACCCAAUCAUGUCUAGUAUUGUAUUGCAAUGUGAAUUAAAUAAAGUGAUGUAAUAAAUUAUUCUUUACAUUUUUUGAUGUAUGAAAUAUUUGUGAUACCUAUCUAUUGUAAAUAGCGAUAUGAAACUGAAAUAUUGAACGUAAUUAUUUGUAAGCUAUGAAUGUGGGCUACCGCGAGUUCUGUAAGGAUCGCUAGUGUAGUGCGAGGUCUCUUGUCUAAUAAACUAUUUGCUAACGUGCAGUCCAGUCA